AUGAAUUCAAUCAUAGUGACGUGGCAAAUAUCAUUCGAUUAUAUACGGCAAACAGAGCCUUCUGCUGCCGGAUACUUAUUCGGCCUCAACCGAAUAUCAAAUAUAUAUCACGUUCGAACUCUCAGAUAUACGUCACAGCGCGGUGACAUCGCAGGUAUAAAGGAAAUAGCAUCAAAGUCAAGAAUAGAAAGGUUAGCUUUGUUAGGUAAAGAGUAUAAAGAAUUUCUUAAUAGCAUAGAUAUAUUAGCAACAGCAUACUCGCUUAAGGAGACCCGCAAGACAAAGCUUAGCCAUAAUCAUCCUAAUACGCUAAAGAGUAUGGCUAACCUCGCGGUGGCGUACCGGAACCAGGGUCGGUGGGGUAAAGCCAAACAGAUUCAGCUUCAAGUGGUUGAAACGAGUAAGGCUAAGCUCGGCGACGAUCACCCCAACACGCUUAGAAGCAUAGCCAACCUAGGCCGAGCGGAAGAGGCCGAGCAGCUCGAUCUAUAUGUGGUAGAAAAGAGCAAGACCAAGCUCGGCGACGAUCAUCCCGACACGCUAAGUUAUAUAGGCAACCUAGCAUCGACGUACUCGGACUAG